ACCAACCAUCAUCAAAGACAGGAAAUCGCGGUUACUUCAAUUGUAUUGUUUUGUAAGUGUGGUGUCUUUUAAGUUUAGCUAACAAACCUAAAUGUUGAAACAAAAAUAAGUUACCGUCGGGUGCAAUGCGUAGCUGUCACAAGUAGGAUAGUUUACAAGCUAGUUAUUUUUUUGUUAAUUUACAAACGUUUGUUGACUUUCUAAUAGUAUUUUUUUUUUUUGCGCGCGCGCGAAAACAUUAACGUUAGCUAGCUAGGCUAACUUUUGUGACUUGGCCCGCUCUGAGGCUGUAGCGACUUGAAAGAUGGAGCUUCGAAGGAAAUCUACUCGAGUUGGGAUGCAAGUCAAAAGGUCGACCCGUCUCAGAAAAAAUACCAGCACAUUUUUAGAGGAUACAGAGGAAGAUACAGAAGAGCUUCAGAACCAAGUUAUGAUGGAUGAUGAUCAUUCUCCAGCCCUGUCAGAAGAUGAUGCCACCAUAACGCGGUCUGAGGACUCCCACCCGGAAGUGAUGGGAGCUAAGAAUUGGACUGUAAUGUUGAACCGGUUAGACCAAGAGGAAGACUCUGAGAAGAAAGAGGAUGAAGAAAAAGAAGACGCACGCAAAACUGGGAAACAACAACAUGCGUCUCGAAUUCCUGCUUUUCACAAAACAUUAGCCAAAAAACGCCCUACCACCAGCAGCAGCAGUCAACGCUCAGAUCCACCUGCCCUAUCUAUUACCAGCAAAGAGUCUUCUAACCAGGCAGCUUUAACCGUUGCAGCUUCAACAAGCAACAGUGGAGAAAUGUCAAGAUCAAAACUGCCCAGUAUUAGAGAAACAGGUCUCCCUCUUCCUACAGUCCGUCUACAUAAACUCAAUCCUCAGACCCUGUCUCAUGCUGUUAGCUCCUCAGAGCAAAGCCCCAGCUCUCUGGAUAUUACUCCACCUGAGGGGGAUCAGGAGCAGCUCCAUCCCAUGACAGCAACCCUCAGACCGGCCCUCAGGGCUGAAGCAGGGGACUACGAUGACCCGGGAGAACCACCACUCCAUACCACUGAAGCUGCACAGAAGGCGAUGGAGGAAGAGUUUGAGGCUGAGGUUAGAAUGGAUAGUGGCGACGUCCCUUCUGGUCAUGCUGAAAAGGAAUCCCUAGAGACAGAUGAAGGUGAGGAGGAUGAGACUGGUCUGAAUCAGCAUGAUGAUGAUGAUGAUGAUGAUGAGGAAACUCCCUGUGAGGCUGAAGCCAUGGAGAUUGAUUUUCUGUUAGAAGAGGAUGGAGAUGGGUUGGACUCCUCCCCGUUGCUGGAGGAGAAGGAGCUUGAGAAGCCCAGUGUUGAGACUGAGAGCUUCAGGAAAUUGGAGGUUGUUCGUGAGAAUCAAGAUAAGUCUGCCAACAAGGAGAAGGCUUCUGGGAAAUGGUCAAAAACCCUAGAGGAUACAACCGACGCUGAUACCGCAGUCCCCUCUAACAGAGCAGUGCCUCGUAGAACAACUAAAUCCAGUCAGUCAAACAAGACGUCGUGGUGCUGCAGCUUUGUACUAUUCUGCCUUUUCCCGUCCACUCUGCUUGUGAUUGGGGGAUUCGGUCAACACGUAUGGCACUAUGGGAUGCCUCUGUCGGUGUCACAGUUGAUGGGACAGUUGGAGCUGCACUGGCUGGAGGGACUGUGGGUGCCACACAAGCCUUGUAACUCAGAUUGUCGUGUGAGCCUGGUGGAGAGCAUCCCUGAAGGUCUAUCCUACCCACUGGAUUCCUCGUCCCUGCCAAGCAUCUCUGAUACAUGGACGAACCUACUGACCAGGGCCAACAGCUCUGUGGACAUAGCUGCCUUCUACUUUACCCUCCGAGACACUGACCUGGGACGCACAGAGCCUAGUGCUGCACAGGGUAAACAGGUCUUCAAGCAGCUGAUGGAACUUGAAGCAAAAGGAGUGGAACUUCAGAUUGCUGUUAAUGGUCCUCAGACUGAUACUCGAGACGCGGCUGAUUUAACCAGAACGGGUGCAGAGGUACGGGAGGUGGAUCUCCAUUCAGUGACGGGAGGUAUCAUCCACACCAAGCUGUGGGUCGUGGAUCAGAAACACCUCUACCUGGGCAGUGCCAACAUGGACUGGCGGUCCCUCACACAGGUGAAGGAGGUGGGAGUUUCUGUGGAGGACUGCAGCUGCCUGGCACAGGAUGCAUUAAGGAUAUUCGGGGUGUAUUGGAACAUUGGUGCUCAAAAAAAUGGCUCCCUACCCCCCUUCUGGCCUGCCCGAUACUCUGCCCUCUCUAGCUCCAAGCACCCCUUGAAUCUCAAACUCAAUGGAGUCCCUGCACAAGUAUAUCUCUCUAGCGCUCCACCCCAGAUAUCAGCUUAUGGACGCUCAGACGAUCUAUCCACCAUCCUCUCUGUCAUCGCAGAUGCCCAGAAACAUGUCUACAUCUCAGUCAUGGACUAUCUUCCGCUGUCCCAGUUCACUGAGCCACUCAGGUUCUGGCCUGCGAUUGACUCAGCCAUACGGGAAGCAGCGUGUACUAGAGGUGUGGAGGUCAAUCUACUGGUGAGCUGCUGGUCACACUCUCCAGGCUCCAUGUUCCUCUUCCUACAGUCUCUGACUGUCCUCAACAGAUCUCCCCUGGGAUGCAACAUCAAUGUGAAAGUGUUUGAGGUGCCUUCGACAACAGAGCAGAAGAAGAUCCCUUUCUCAAGAGUGAACCAUGCCAAGUACAUGGUGACCGAUAGAGUCGUCUAUAUCGGAACCUCCAACUGGUCAGAGAACUAUUUCACCCACACUGCAGGUAUUGGGCUGGUGGUGAACCAGACAGGUUCUGUGGUGGGAGAGGGCCAGAGGAGUUUACAGGUCCAGCUACAAGAAGUCUUCAUGAGGGACUGGACAUCUCAAUACACCCGAAUCCUUUCCAAUGACGAUGUCAAACACUGUGGUAGAUGAUGCUAAUGGUGAUGACUCGGGACUUCAUCCCAAAUGGCAUCCUAUUCCCUAUAUAGUGCACUACUUUUGACCAGAGAAAAUAGUGCACUAUGUAGAGAAUAGGGUGGGUGCCAUUUUGGGACACAGACCCAUAUCAGUUUUAGAUAAUUGUUUUGGCAUUUACUUUCACCGGCGCUCAGUAUGCUGCCUAUCAUAAGAUGCUUACCUUGCAUUGCUUAUUUUUUUUGUUUUUUUUUACCACUCCCAUUUGACAAUUCUGUUGUUACAUGCAGCAUUUGACUGUAUAUAUUUGCCAUUUUUUGGUGUAUACAUAUUUUCUACUUGAGUUAUUUGCUGUAACUUUUUUCCCCCCUUCUGAAUGGAAGUGUCAAUAUUGAAUGAAUCUUGAAGUUCUGUUUUUGAUGAAUUUCCUUUUCUUUGACUGACUGAUGCUGUCAGUGACGCAAGGCAUGUGUUGUCUAUAAGGGAAAAGACUGAUGACCUUUGUCAUGCCAGGUGCAUUUUUGUGUUAUAUCAUAUGUUUAUACAUUUUUUUUUUAACCAAAGAUGUUUCAACUUCAUUCUUAUUCUUGAAAUUAAAUAUUUGUUAUUAUUUUUAA